GUCCUUCAGAUUGUUCGACGAUAGCACACAUCGGGCGAUUGUUCGUCGAUCCAUCAUUAACGGCAGCAACGGCAGCAUCGCCUCCAUAAGUACUUUCACGCUCAGUUCCGUCUGAAAAAUCAUUUAACUGCAAAUCGUUUUACCACUUUACAUCGUAUAAGUUGACGUCUGCAACUUGCUUAAUAUUUUGCAUUGAAAUGGGCAAAAUAAUCCUCGAUGACCCAUCCGAAUUCCGCCCGGAACCCAUCCACAGUGACCUUCAGCUGAAGUUCACCCCGGAAGCCAAGCCAACCGAGCAAUUCCGCGAUUACACUGCCGCCAACCAGUAUUUCGAUCGGGUAAAGAAAACCUACCUGGACAUUCACACCCAUCAGACCGUGCAGUUUGUGGAGCGAAAGAUAGCGGAAUGGGGUCGCUUCGACCGUUGCAAGAUGACCAUUAUGGAGGCACUGGAUUUGUUGAAUGCCAUGGUGGAUGAGAGUGAUCCGGAUAUCAAUCUGCCCAAUAUCGCUCAUGCUUUCCAAACAGCCGAACAGAUUCGCACAGUAUGGCCGGAACACGACUGGUUUCAUCUCACCGGCUUGAUCCAUGACCUGGGCAAGGUCAUGGCGGUCUGGGGUGAACCGCAGUGGGCCGUUACCGGCGACACUUUCGUGGUUGGUUGUGAAUUCGUCAAUUCAAUCGUAUUCCGCUCGGACACGUUCAACCAUAAUCCGGAUGGGUGCAAUCCAAAGUACAACACAAAAUACGGAAUGUACCGGCCGAACUGUGGUCUGGAGCAGAUUAAACUCUCAUGGGGCCAUGACGAGUACUUGUACCGAGUUCUCGUGCACAACAAGUCUACGCUGCCCAAGGAAGGCCUCAGUAUGAUCCGUUUUCACUCUUUUUAUCCUUGGCAUACCGGCGAGGACUACAUGCACCUGUGCAACGCCGAAGACAUGGAGAUGCUCAAAUGGGUGAGAGAAUUCAACAAGUUUGACCUUUACACCAAAUGCGAACGCUUUCCGGACAUUGAGGCACUUAAGCCUUAUUAUCAGGCGCUUAUCGACAAAUACAUGCCCGGGAAACUGGAAUUUUGAUAAUGAGUGUCGGAAUCCAAUGUAAGCAGAAAAGAUCGAUAAAACAAACAAAAAAGCAGCGUUUUUGAAACACAAGUAAUCGUACUGUGCGAAGAAAUCCAGAUAUAAAAUCUUUUGACUUUCGUAAACCCGCUUCGCCAGCUAUUUAACUGUGGAAUUAUGCCUGUACUGUUUAAUAAUUUGUUGUGAUUAAUUUUUACAACACAACCGAACUGAACAAUAUUCGAUGCACUGUGCCUGAAAAUCAGGAAAUCAAUAAAUUCGGUGCGGCGUAGUUA